AGGAUCCUUCAUGUAGUUGCACAUAUAAGCGAGCAAUUAAAUGGGGCCCAUCAGAGUUGAGAUAUUCGCAGAAAGAUCGCUUUCAACUUCGUGCGCCAUAGCUAUAAACUUAUGAGGAUGGAUCUCACGCCUAAGUGCAUUCGAACAGAGGCGAGCUCAAGAGCCAUUGACAAAAGACGAGGAGUAGCUAUGGCGCUCCAAACAAGAUCCGUGCUCCAGUCGAGGGAUCCCCAGCUAAGGGCGAAUCUACAGUCCCUCGGAGGUAAGAAGUCACUUUGCAAUUUUUAUUUCUCUCAUAUUCUUCACCUUCACGAUUUGCGAGCGAAAAUGUCUGAAGACGGGUACAACUCUUUCGACGACGACGUAGUGGUAACUAACCCAAGUUUUUUGGAAUGCUUCGACGACUCGGAAGGCUCACUACCAUUUACACCUCCACCAGCAUCGAUAGCAGAUGAUACCCAAGAAUUCGAAAGCGAUAUUGACGAUCCUCCUCCUACGCCACCUCCAGUUCGUUCAAAACCUCAGAAAAGAAAGCGGACAAUUAUGAGCUCCGGUGAGGAAGAAGUGGGAAGUCUACCACCUACUCCUCCUCCAGUAGAAAGAACUACCGAACCGUCGCCGUCUGUAUUGAGCGAAAUGAACGGGAAAACUAGGGUGGAAAAUCCACCUCAGCAUGUUCUUGACUUGCUCAAGCAUUAUUUUGGACACUCUUGUUUUCGUCCGAAACAGUGGGAGAUUAUAAAGAAUGCACUUGAUGGCAAAGACCAACUGGUGUUAAUGUCUACGGGAUACGGUAAAAGCGUAUGCUAUCAGCUCCCUGGUCUGAUAUCUAAAUCGUUAACACUGGUAAUAUCUCCACUGAUCUCCCUCAUGAACGAUCAAGUCAGGACUUUGAAAUUAAAUGGUACUACUGCUAGCUUAUUGAGUGGAACGACUAAUCAGAAUGAGAGGGACCGCAUCAUGUCAGAAAUUCAAGAUGGCUCAUUGAGGUUUCUCUACCUUACUCCCGAAUAUGUGGAGAACGCAUCCAGCCUUCUGCAUCGGCUGAAAUCCAAGGUCAAAUUGAUUGCCAUUGACGAAGCUCACUGUGUUUCUCAGUGGGGUCACGACUUUCGCUCUUCGUAUCGUGGUUUAGCAAAAAUUAGCAGGAUACUGAAUGACUGUCCCGUGAUUGCUCUUACUGCCACUGCAACUCAUGUGGUAUGUAAAGACAUCAUUGACAAUCUCGAGUUGAACAACCCUAUUGUGACUUGCACGGGUUUUGACAGAAAGAAUCUCUACCUCUCAGUCAGUCAACAAACUUCGCUGGAAACUGAUCUUGAGAAAAUGCUCCAAGGAGAUGAUAAGCUGGGGCGACAUUUUGGUGGUGCCACGAUCGUUUACUGUCAAACUCGAGCAAUGGUAGAGUCAGUUAAUCAGCAUCUAAGAGCAAGGGGAGUAAAGUGCGCUAUGUACCAUGCUGGAAUGAGUGAAAAGGCCAGAAACGAGGCUCAUCAUGGUUUCAUUCAAGACAAGUACACUACCAUAGUAGCAACUGUAGCGUUUGGCAUGGGUAUCGAUAAGUCAGAUGUGCGCAAGGUCAUACAUUAUGGAAGUCCCAAAGAUAUCGAGAGCUACUAUCAAGAAAUUGGCCGAGCUGGUCGAGAUGGUGACUCAGCCGUCUGUCAUGCAUUUUGGUCGCAAAAAGACAUUGUGAUGAAUAGAUCUCGUAUAAAUAAGACCAUGAAGGAACCUUAUCUAUCUCAUGCCUUUGAGAUGCUUCGAUCCAUGGAAGAGUUUCUGACUUCAAUGCGUUGCAGAAGAUACCUACUUCUGAGCCAUUUUGACGCGUCGACUGCUGCGCCACCACAGCCUCGAUCUAACUGUUGCGAUAACUGUGACUGGCAGAUCAAUAAUCAGCAGGGUUCUUCAUUGAAAUGUGUAGAUGUUGGAAAAGAAGCACGAUGGUUGUUUCAAGUCAUUGAUGACAUAUACAAAGGCUACAGUGGUUUAGCCAAGCCAGUGGAUUUCGUCCGCGGUUUGGAGAAAGAAAAAUCACGUGUACGGGACUCAAAUAGAUCUCUUUAUGGUAUUGGUAAAAAUAGAAGCGAUAAGUGGUGGAAAGCUCUGGGAGCGCAACUGCGCAUACACGGAUGGCUUACAGAAAUUAGGAAAGGAGAUAUGGCUUUUGGAGCAUGUAUAAAUCUGUCAGGCAAAGCGAAAAAGUGGUAUUUGGCUAAUGUUGAGGAGCUGUUGCUAGAAGCUUCUCCACUUUUAUUAGCAGCCUCAUCUGCCGCAAACAAAACUACGGUAGCUAGUACUUCAAAGGCCGGAGCAACUGUAAUCUCAUUGAAGGAUGAACCCAAGAGCCUUAUCCUUGGUCCGAAGCAAUUACGCAAAUAUCUUCCUGCGUCAUCGUAUCCCUCGCUCAAGAAGCGAUCUGCAGACUCUCUGCAAAGUAUGCCGUUGGUAGAAGAACUUCGUCGGCUUCUAGACAACGUUCGAAUGGAUCUCUCGAAGGAGCAGGAUUGCGGACCGUUCCAGAUAGCCUCAAAUAAAGUACUGGAUCAACUAGCUAAUAAUCGACCUGAUAGCAUCUCCGCACUCGAAAACAUCUCGGAUCUUUCAGUCGAGAGAAGACGACGUUUUGGGCAGCGUUUUAUUGAUUGUGUCAAACAGUUCGUUGGCAAACAUCAAAUGGAGGCAAAUGUGUCUGAUAGCGUAGAGAUUCCUUCCGAAUUCCAAAAUUCGAUAUCUCGGCUGACUCCGAGCAUACAACAAACCUACAAAGCACAUCUGUUGACAGCCGCUUCAAUAGCUGAUUUAUCCAAAAUACGAUGCGUGAGCGAAUCGACAACUUGGUCAUACUUGUGCUCGGCAAUCGAACUAGGACUACCGGCACAUCUGGACGUUUUGAAUAUUACCACAGAAAACAUCCGCACGGUAUUAAGUGUUGCAAGGCAAGCAUUAGGUGGAGAUGUAUUUCGACUGAAACCGUUGAUGGAAGCGUUGCCAAAGGACUACAUAGAUUACAAUCGGUUAAAGUUGGUGAGAGCAAUAUUGAUAUGGGAAUACGAUUCAGGCAGUGACAUGGAAGAAACGAGAGAAAGUGCUUCAGUGACUAGUGUAGGCGACGAAGCAUCAGCGCAAGAUAGCUCCUCUCAGACAGCCAGGAUCCCUUCAUGGAUGGUGAAUGCGGUACCAGUACCGCAGCCGAAGAAGAAGAAGCUGCUCUUAUAAUGUUAGCUAUCUAACUUCAGAUGCAAAUCGGUUUUUCUUCUUCGCUUUUAUCGAAUUUUCUUACCUCAAGUUUGUGACCUCUAUCUGAGGGUCGCAUGCAUUAACAUCCCCACCGGGGAAGGGAUCGCAGCUCAAAAGAGAGCUUUCUAUACCGAAGCUCCAGAUAUCUGGAUUUUACGCUGUCUACC